AUGGCUCGUCUCAGUCUCUCUUUCCUUUCCGUCCUGCUCGUUCUGGCAGCGCUGGCCCUCUCUAUGCCCGUCAAGCGUGAAGCCCCUGGGCUCAGCCUCGACAGUGCUCUUGGCCCACUACAGGGUGCUACCAAGCUUCUCCCUGGUCUUGGCGGCGACGACAAGAACAAAUUGUCCCCCGAGGAGCAGAAGAAGAAGGAUCAGGAGAAGAAGAAGAAAGAGCAGGAGGAGAAAGAGCAGCAGAAGAAGGAUGACGACGCGGCAAUUGCCAAGGCUAAUAAGAAGAUUGCUGAGGCCAAUGGGGAAAUCAAGCCUACUCCCACUGCCUCCUACAAGAACAGGCUGUCUUCCGGUAAUUUUGCUACCCCCACUGCUACUGCCACCCACAAGCCCAAGUCCAAGCCCAACGAGUUGAGCAAAAUCCCUCUCGUUGGUGGUCUUCUCAGCGGAGCUGGAGCCGGCCUCUAA